CGGAGGUGGAGUGGCUGGUUUAGCUGCAGCAGGUGCAGCCAAGUCGAUGGGAGCCAUAGUGAGAGGAUUUGACACCAGGCCGGCAGCCCUGGAACAGUUCAAGUCAUUUGGGGCGGAGCCUUUAGAGGUAGACAUCAAAGAGUCUGGAGAUGGGGUCGGAGGUUACGCCAAAGAGAUGUCCAAAGAGUUCAUUGAUGCAGAGAUGGCUCUUUUUGCUAAGCAGUGUAAAGAGGUUGACAUUGUCAUCAGCACAGCACUGAUUCCAGGGAAACGAGCUCCCAUCCUGAUCAAGAAGGAGUUUGUUGAGUCGAUGAAAGACGGCUCCGUGGUGGUGGACUUGGCUGCGGAGGCGGGGGGCAACAUCGAGACCACGGUGCCUGGUGAGCUGUAUGUCCACAAGGGAGUGACACACAUUGGUUUCACAGACCUGCCCAGUCGCAUGGCCUCGCAGGCCAGCACUCUGUACUCAAACAACGUACUGAAGCUGCUGAAGGCCAUCAGCCCCGACAAGGAAUACUUCCACUAUGAGCCCACAGACGAGUUUGACUAUGGAACAAUUGACCAUGUCAUCCGCGGGACGCUCGUUAUGAAGGAAGGCAAGAACAUGUUCCCAUCCCCGCUGCCCAAAACAGUCCCCCCAGCACCAAUAAAACAAAAAUCUGUCAUCGAGUUGGAGGCUGAGAAAGCGGCAACAAUUUCCCCCUUCAACCGCACCAUGACCUCGGCUGGCGUCUACACUGCAGGUCUCUCCACCUGUCUGGCUCUGGGCAUCAUAUCCCCCAACGCAGCUUUCACUCAGAUGGUCACAACCUUCGGCUUAGCGGGCAUUGUGGGAUACCACACUGUGUGGGGUGUGACCCCCGCUCUGCACUCCCCCCUCAUGUCUGUCACAAAUGCCAUCUCAGGUCUGACGGCAGUAGGUGGUCUGGUGCUGAUGGGCGGAGGACUCACCCCCUCCUCAUUGCCCGAGGGUCUCGCUCUGGCUGCUGCCUUUGUAUCUUCCAUCAACAUUGCCGGUGGUUUUCUGAUCACCCAGAGGAUGUUGGACAUGUUCAAGCGUCCCACGGACCCUCCUGAGUACAACUACCUGUAUGUCCUGCCUGGAGCUGCAUUUGUGGGCGGAUAUGGAGCUUCAGUGGCAGCUGGAUACAGCAUUGAGCAGAUGAUGUACCUGGGCUCAGGCAUGUGUUGUGUCGGGGCGCUGGCCGGCCUCUCUGCUCAGGGCACCAGUCGCCUGGGCAACACCCUGGGCAUGAUUGGAGUGGCAGGGGGCAUCGCUGCCACGCUCGGGGCCCUCAAACCUUCGCCAGAGCUGCUGUCUCAGAUGUCUCUGGCCAUGGCCACUGGAGGAACCCUUGGUCUGACCAUCGCCAAGCGUAUUGAAAUCUCCGACCUGCCGCAGCUCGUGGCGGCCUUCCACAGCCUCGUGGGGCUGGCAGCCGUUCUCACCUGCGUCGCCGAGUUCAUGAUCGAGUUCCCCCACCUGGACACUCACCCAGCCGCUGGCGUUCUUAAAACCGUGGCGUAUCUUGGCACCUACAUCGGAGGCGUCACCUUCAGCGGUUCACUGGUGGCCUAUGGCAAACUUCAAGGCAUGCUGGACUCCGCCCCCCUGAUGCUGCCAGGACGACACAUGUUGAACGCCGGCCUGAUGGCGGCGUCGGUCGGAGGCAUGGUGCCUUUCAUGCUCAGCACCAGCUAUGGUACAGGGAUGGGGUGUCUGAUGGGAGUGUCGGGGCUUUCCACUGUUAUGGGUGUAACUCUGACAGCAGCCAUCGGGGGUGCUGACAUGCCCGUGGUCAUCACCGUGCUGAACAGCUACUCUGGCUGGGCUCUGUGCGCUGAAGGUUUCUUACUGGAAAACAACCUCAUGACGAUCGUAGGAGCUCUGAUCGGCUCCUCCGGUGCCAUCCUCUCCUACAUUAUGUGUGUGGCUAUGAACCGCUCCCUGCCCAAUGUGAUCCUGGGCGGGUACGGCACCACGUCCACAGCCGGCGGUAAACCCAUGGAGAUUGUUGGCACUCACACUGAGGUCAACGUGGACCAGACCAUUGACAUAAUCAAAGAGGCCAACAGCAUCAUCAUCACACCAGGUUGGGGUCUGUGUGCAGCCAAAGCUCAGUACCCGAUUGCGGACAUGGUGAAAAUGCUGAAGGAGCAGGGAAAGAGCGUCAGGUUUGGUAUCCACCCAGUUGCCGGCCGUAUGCCCGGCCAGCUGAACGUCCUCCUGGCCGAGGCCGGAGUUCCCUAUGAUGUGGUCCUGGAGAUGGAUGAGAUCAAUGAAGAUUUCCCUGAAACAGACUUGACACUGGUCAUUGGAGCCAAUGACACGGUGAAUUCUGCUGCACAAGAAGACCCCAACUCUAUCAUUGCCGGCAUGCCCGUCCUGGAGGUGUGGAAGUCCAAACAGGUGGUUGUGAUGAAGCGUACAUUGGGCGUGGGCUACGCUGCCGUAGAUAACCCCAUUUUCUACAAGCCCAACACAUCCAUGUUGCUGGGAGAUGCCAAGAAGACCUGUGACAGCCUGCAAGCCAAGAUCAGAGAGGCCUUCUACUAAGUAACGCCCUCUAUACUAUCAUGUACAGUAGUUCUCAAACACAGGCAGGUUGACAGAUACUACAGGAUUUCAGAUCAAUAUUUUUCCAGAGAAUAGAUUUACUGGGUCUGCAACAUAAGUAACUGUAACUGCAGAUGAUUUUUUCAAACCAAGGGAUAUGAAACUGCUGAUUUGUAAAUAAAAUAUUUAAACAUAUCUAA